AAGAGAUAAUUGAUUYCAUUAUGUGUGCCUCGGCCAAAUAUAACACCCGGGGUCCAGCCCUCAUCCCAAGGAUGAAAACCAAGCAUCGCAUCUAUUACAUCACUCUCUUUUCCAUAGUUCUGCUUGGCCUAAUUGCCACAGGAAUGUUCCAGUUCUGGCCUCACUCAAUUGAGUCAUCCAAUGACUGGACCGUUGAAAAACGCAGCAUCCACGAUGUGCCAGUGGUCAAGCUUCCUGCUGAUAGCCCCAUUCCUGAGCGGGGAGACCUCAGCUGCAGGAUGCACACCUGCUUUGAUGUCUAUAGAUGUGGCUUCAAUCCCAAGAACAAAAUCAAAGUGUACAUCUAUUCACUGAAAAAGUAUGUGGAUGAAUAUGGGACGUCAGUGAGCAACACCAUUUCCAGGGAAUACAAUGAGCUGCUGACAGCCAUCUCUGACAGUGAGUUCUACACUGAUGAUGUCAACCGRGCCUGCCUUUUUGUGCCAUCCAUAGAUGUCCUCAAUCAGAACGCGCUCCGUAUCAAAGAAACAGCUCAGGCUUUGGCACAGUUGUCCAGGUGGGAUCGAGGCACAAAUCACCUACUCUUCAAUAUGCUGCCUGGAGGGCCACCAGAUUAUAACACUGCCCUGGAUGUUCCUAGAGAUAGGGCUCUGUUGGCUGGUGGAGGCUUCUCCACUUGGACUUACCGGCAAGGCUAYGAUGUCAGUAUUCCUGUUUACAGCMCACUGUCAGGAGAAGUAGAUCUGCCAGAAAGAGGACCAGGUCCUCGCAGGUAUUUCAUUCUGUCAUCUCAAAUGGCUCUGCACCCAGAAUACCGCUUGGAGUUGGAAGCUCUUCAGGCUGAGAAUGGGGAAUCAGUGCUGAUCCUGGACAAAUGUACAAACCUGUCAGAUGGUGUCCCUGCUGUUCGCAAACGCUGCUACAAGAAUCAAGUCUUUGAUUAUCCUCAAGUGCUUCAGGAAUCUACGUUCUGUGUUGUUCUACGUGGAGCUCGCCUGGGACAGGCUGUGCUAAGUGAUGUUCUUCAAGCUGGCUGUGUCCCAGUCAUCAUUGCUGACUCUUACAUUUUACCUUUCUCUGAGGUUCUGGACUGGAAAAGGGCCUCUGUUGUCAUCCCUGAAGAAAAGAUGCCUGAAAUGUACAGUAUUCUGCAAAGUAUCCCCCAGCGACAGAUUGAAGAGAUGCAAAGACAGGCAAGGUGGUUCUGGGAAGCAUAUUUUCGAUCAAUGAAAGCAAUUGCUCUCGCUACUCUUCAGAUUAUCAAUGAUAGAAUUUACCCAUAUGCUGCCAUUUCUUAUGAAGAAUGGAAUGAUCCCCCAGCUGUGAAAUGGAGCAGUGUGAGCAACCCACUCUUCCUUCCACUGAUCCCACCUCAGUCCCAAGGUUUCACAGCCAUAGUUCUGACCUAUGACCGGGUGGAGAGCCUUUUCCGAGUCAUCACAGAGGUGUCUAAAGUGCCUAGUCUAUCCAAAUUGUUGGUAGUCUGGAACAACCAGAAUAAGAAUCCACCAGAAGAUUCCCUCUGGCCAAAGAUUCGUGUUCCACUGAAAGUUGUUAGRACUGCAGAAAAUAAACUUAGCAAUCGCUUCUUCCCUUAUGAUGAGAUUGAAACAGAAGCAGUGUUGGCUAUUGAUGAUGAUAUCAUUAUGCUAACCUCAGAUGAACUCCAGUUUGGCUAUGAGGUGUGGCGUGAGUUCCCCGACAGGUUGGUUGGAUAUCCAGGCCGCCUGCAUCUUUGGGAUCAUGAGAUGAACAAAUGGAAAUAYGAAUCAGAGUGGACCAAUGAAGUCUCAAUGGUGCUCACUGGGGCAGCCUUUUAUCACAAGUAUUUCAACUAYCUUUACACCUAUAAAAUGCCUGGAGACAUCAAGAAUUGGGUGGAUGCUCAUAUGAAUUGUGAAGAUAUUGCCAUGAAUUUUCUAGUAGCAAAUGUCACUGGCAAAUCAGUCAUUAAGGUGACCCCACGGAAGAAGUUCAAAUGUCCAGAAUGCACAGCAAUUGAUGGGUUAUCACUCGACCAGACACACAUGGUGGAAAGAUCUGAAUGCAUCAAUAAGUUUGCCUCUGUUUUUGGGACCAUGCCUCUCAAAGUGGUGGAGCAUCGUGCUGACCCCGUCCUGUAUAAAGAUGACUUUCCUGAGAAACUGAAGAGCUUUCCCAAUAUCGGCAGCUUGUAAAAAUUGAGACAAACCUGAGUGAUGGAAAUGACAGCUGAAAAGGUGCURUGAGGAACAUAAGGCCCUGAAGACAAAAACUGCUAGAGAACGGGUUGCAUCUGAGGGAGAUGGGAACUCAUGUUGUCUUCCUUUUACAUGCACAAAGUUGUAAUUGCAAUCUGAACAACUGCUUCUCUGUUGCUCACAGAGAAUUGAAUCUAUUUGCAGAUUCUCCCUAAAAUGUCAAACACACACACUUUUGUCCAAAGGAGUCUAUGAACCUGGAAGAAUAAAACAGAAUCUUGCUCUUUGUGGCCUAACUGGCAUGACUGACCUCUUCUAUCAACUGUGCUGCAGGCUCUCUGGUUAGUGAGCAUCCAUCCAUUCAAAGCAACAGUCUGCAAUGUAGAGCUAUUCUCUUUUGGGAGGAGUUUACUUGCUUAUGUGGCUGGUGGGCCUCUUGUCUUUUGAGCUUUAAYUGUUGUCUUAAGUAACUGUGUAACAAACCAUUUCUUCUAUAAUGUGAGACAAAUGUUUAUUUUUUU